AUGGCCAUGCGGAUUUUUGAUGUGUUAGGUGUGAUCCCAUUUUGUCCGAUGUGUUUCCUCCAAGCCACGAAAGUUCUUGGCACAGUCAAGUGGUUUAAUGUCCGAAAUGGAUAUGGCUUUAUCAACAGAAAUGAUACCAAAGAAGAUGUGUUUGUUCAUCAGACAGCGAUAAAGAAAAACAACCCACGGAAAUACCUACGCAGUGUUGGUGAUGGAGAGACUGUAGAAUUUGAUGUGGUUGAGGGAGAGAAGGGUGCAGAAGCAGCUAAUGUCACUGGUCCCGACGGAGUCCCGGUGGAAGGCAGCCGCUAUGCUGCAGACCGGCGCCGCUAUCGACGUGGCUACUUCGGCCGACGCCGUGGGCCUCCUCGAAGUGGCAUUGAGGGAGAAAUCAAGGAUGGGGUCACAGAAGGAGGACAACUUAAUCAACAAGUCCAUAGGAAUCCUACCUAUCGUCCCCGCUAUCGCAGAGGGCCCCCGCGCCCGCGCCCUGCCCCAGUGGCUGGAGAGGCUGAAAACAAGGAGAACCAUCAUGAGGCAAAUGCCAUGAGUCAGCAGUCGCUGCGGCGGGGCUAUAGGCGCCCAUACAACUACCGGCGUCGGCCUCGUCCACCCAAUGCUCCAGCUCAGGAUGGGAAAGAGACAAAGGUGACUGAAACACCUGCUGAAACUCCUGCUCCAGUGACCGAGCAGAGUGGUGCGGAGUAAUGUCCGGCUCCCCAGGCACCUUUAACCAUCCUUCAGGUGUCCUAAAAUACAACUCAAAAGUAACACCAAAGAAACAUUCAAGCAAUAAAUUGUCAACAAUGAUGAUGAGAACAAAGAUUUGAAACAUCAGAACUUAAAAAAUAAAUUUACCAGCUGCUGAGAUCCAGGGAACGCCUGCAAGAUGGAUACAUGAAAAGAGAAAAAGAGCAAGAUUCAGAAAGAGCAACCUCCCCAGUUUCAAAAGCAACUGUGGCGUUAUUUUUUUUUUUUCCCUUAAUUUCACUAUUUCCUAGUAUUGGAUCUUUCAAUUUUUCUUUUGGUAUCAAACUGAAAAGGGAAAAAAGCCCAACCAAAGAGCUGAAAUUGAAAUAAAUUUUUUUUUUAUUGGAUGUUGGUGCUAAACCUCCCAGGUGUGAUGAGUUUUUUCUGUGCCAGUCCUGUUCACUGCAGGACAAGGGGAGGAGAAAAUUCUACUUUCCUUGGUAAGAUCUAUUUGAACCUGUGCAGCAUGGGUGACGUUCCUCACAAAUAAAACUUAUUUCAACUGCCAAAAAA